AUGACUUUCUCGUCAGCCCUGUUCGUCGCCCUGACUGUUGGCUUGCAGAUCCACAGCACGGAAGGGCUUCGCGAUGAGCCUGCGAUUCUUCGACGUGCUUGUCCUGACUAUUUAUCCUACUCGACUGUUCCACAUGCACCAUAUAGUGGUGGCCCAUUAAACCUGCCCUUCCAAAGACCAGCAGCGGAAUGUCGGACCUUCUCAUCCCCAGCAGUGGAAAAGGUGAUUGAAGAUGUCACGUCUCGCAUGGUUGACAAAGAUCUGGCGCAAUUGUUUCGAAAUGCGUUCCCUAAUACCUUGGAUACGACCGUCCGAUGGCACACGGAUGGCUCAACCUCGUCCAGGAAAGCAAAGAAGGAUAGCGCUCAAUGGCAGGGCCCACAGAGCUUCAUCGUGACCGGUGACAUCAAUGCUGAGUGGCUUCGCGACUCGACAAACCAGCUAUCAGGCUACCAGGUCCUUGCGAAAAAGGACAAGGCUCUUUAUAACCUCAUCCUCGGAGCCAUCAACACCCAAGCCGAGUUCGUCAUUCAGUCGCCAUACUGCAAUGCUUUUCAACCACCUCCACCCAGUGGACUCCAGUCAGCCUCGAACGGACAGGAUGACAAGGUCCAUCCAGCCUAUGAACCUUCGGUCGUAUUCGAAUGCAAGUACGAGCUCGACUCGCUAGCGAAUUUCCUGGCACUGGGAACACAAUUCUACGAGAACACAGGCUCAACGGACUUCCUGACUGACCGCUGGUAUAAGGCCUUGGACACUCUUCUCAAAAUUCUGGAUGUGCAGUCACGGCCGACUUUCAACGCGCAGAACGAGUUCGAAACUAAUCAGUAUACGUUCCAGCGCACAACCACCAUUGGCACCGAAACGUUGAACUUGGCGGGUGUUGGGAACCCAUUGAACGACGGCACAGGCCUCAUCCGGAGUGCCUUCCGCCCCAGCGACGAUGCAACCAUCCUCGGGUUCUUCAUCCCGCCCAAUGCGAUGAUGGCUGUUCAGCUCGAGAAGACCGCGAACGUGAUCAAGGCUGCAGGCGGAAGCUUAGACCUGAUCGAAAAUCUCCGGCAACGAGGCGAUAAACUUGGUCAAGCUGUCCGUGAGCAUGGUAUUGUCCAUCACUCCAAGUAUGGUGAUGUGUUCGCUUUCGAAGUGGACGGCUAUGGCUCGCGCAUCCUGAUGGACGAUGCGAACGUCCCUUCCUUGCUGUCGUUGCCUCUCCUGGGUUACGUCGAUCAGAAGGAUCCGGUGUAUCAGAACACGCGCAAGAUGAUCCUCGACAAGGGCGGCAACCCAUAUUAUCUGACCGGAACCGAGUUCCAUGGCAUUGGCGGACCGCACAUCGGCCUCCAAAACGCCUGGCCAAUGUCUCUCCUGGUGCAAGCGAUGACAAGCGACUCUGAAACUGAGAUCAUGGAAGCCGUCAACCUCGUGCGUAACUCCAGUCUGCUGGGCCUCGUACAUGAAUCUAUCAACGUCAACAACAUCAAGGAUUACACUCGGCCUUGGUUUGCGUGGGCCAACUCAGUCUUCGCGCAGACGAUUCUCAAGAUUGCAGCGGAGAAACCGCAUUUGAUCUUUGGGGAGGGCGCGAAGCCAUAUAUCAUCCAGUAG